AUGAAGUGCCAGCACAUCGCCAGCGUCCGCGAGGCAGUUGCGACCAUUGGCGAGGCAGUGCGAGCUCUACGAACCCGCACCGAGUCGCAGGAGGUCGCCCACCUGCAGGCCGAGCUGGCUGCGAUGAGGGCGGAACUAGAGGCGGUUAAGCGGCAGGCGGCCGCCCCCCCGCAGAUGACCCGGGAGGAGAUCCUAUUCAUGGUAGACUCCCGGAUCGCGGGUAUUGGCGACCGCCUGCUGCCCGAGCCGAGAUUGCGCCCUCCGCUGGCUGCGGACGCGCAUAAUGCCGCCGCCGCCGCCGCCGCCGCCGCCACCGCCACCGCAGGAGCGACCAGCACCCGCCGCGAGGUGAAGCGCGCUGCCCCCGCCCCGGCCGUAGAGCCGGUGCCCGCCCCGACCCCAGUCCCCGCUGCGACAUAUGCCGCGGCGGCGAAAAAGGGGAAGGGGAAGGGCAAGAAGAGCCUGGCGGCCCGCGAGGCUGAGGCUGCCCGCAAGCCAGAGCCGGCGCCCCCCGCUCCCCAGCCCCAACCCGAAGAGGCCUGGAACGUGGUGGCGCGGAAGGCGAAGGCCCCGAAGCCGGCGGCGCCCGCCGCCUCCAAGAAGAAGAGGAAGAGGCCCGACGGCGACUGCGUGCCCCUAAAACGGCAGCAGUCGUCGUAA